AUGGAGCUCACAGGGACCGUGACCAUUCGCGAACGUCUCUACGCGAGAAACGCGCAGACGCCAAUUGGGCGCCUUCCUAUCGAGGUCCUCCUGCAGAUUUUUGAGAUAACACAGGCCCAUUGGGAUCCCACCCGCAUCUAUCCAUCAAAAAUGUUCAUACCUGGCACUCACUCGGUGUUUAGCUCGGGAUGGGUAUGCCUGAUCCAUGUGUGUAGCUUCUGGAGAGCUAUCAUCGUUAACUCUCCUUCACUCUGGGCUAGUCCUCCCAUAUCCGCGGCAUCAUUCCCCUCUCGCUACAUCCCUGACGUCCUGCAUCGUUGCCGGAGAAGGUCGAUCCAUCUGCAGCUCGUUCCCAGCCAAGAUCCAAACCUUGGGGCGGAUAUGGAGGAUCCUGCGCUGGAUGCCAACGUUCGCGCCUGGUUCUCUGCCAAAGUCCUCGAUCAAGUUGGUCACCUAACACUGACCGCAAAUGCAAAGAUAGUCGACUUUGUCGGAUCUCGAAUCGCAAAAGAAACAGUGUCGGGCGGCCUGUGUCAUCUGCACACACUUCAUGUGGUCUUUCCCGACGAUGACCCGUGCUUGAUUCCUAAAAGUCUCUGGGGUCUUGAGAACAUCAGAGAUCUCAAGUUGGAAGGUUGCCUUGGAGUGCCUCUAUCGUCAUCUCUCUUUUCCAAGAAUCUCGAGAGGCUUUCAAUCACGUUUGUUGAGGAGCAGCAGCCGUAUUCGUAUGAAUCCAUGCAACGCUGGAUCCUGCUCAUGCCAAACCUUGAGACACUGGAGCUUUAUAAUUUUCACCCGCCUGCACGCAGUGAGAACUCCGAGGCUGCCAUCGUGACAUUCCCUCUAUCAUUGCGGCGCCUAACUCUUGACAUAUAUUCUUCGCGAUUCACGCUCGAUGGGAUGGAAUUCGUCAAGUCAAGUGACGUCCCCCCCUUAUGCUCUCUGAGUAUUGGGAUUGCUGCGCCCUUCAGUCCGUCCAGGAGCGACAUGUGCACAGAAUACAGAGAUUUACUGAGGGAUGUAAUUCGGCGUGUGUCCUUGAUCAUCGACCAGGACCCAAAACUUUAUCACCUCUAUCUCGAUGACAAAGAGCUCAUCAUUUCUACGACCGACAUCUACGAGACGGAUUAUGACAGCUUUGGAGGUCCUCCGACACGGGAUGGGUCCGUGGUCAACCGUCUUGCUCUCGGCUAUUGCUUGGUCAGACCACACAUGCCCAUUGACGCACUCUCUUGUGUCGGACUCGGGCGCUUGCAGCGAAUAACCCUUUCUAGGCAAGCAAUAUUAUCGCUUGAGAUUGAUCAGCAAUGGUCAUCUCUAUUGCUCGCGAAGAAUGUUCGUCGUCUAGACGUACCGGGAGCACCGCAUCGCAUGACUCACGAUCACAGAGCUAUCCUUCUGAACGCACUGCGCGUGCGCCAUGGCUCGGAGGCUCUUUUUCCGAGUCUUAAGACGCUAGCAAUAGACCUAAAGCCUUAUCAUGACCCAAACGAGCUCAAAGGUUUACUGGAUCAGCUCAUCUGUACGAGGUUCGCCAUGAGCGCGCCGAUAGAAGAGGUGUUAUUCCACGCGACCGGUCAGCCAUCGCUCACUGCACAACCAUCCAACUCACACGGGAGGCACGAGCCGAGGCUGGUGUAA